AUGUUGUUGCUUGGCUUGAGGGCUCUUACUUUUGUCGAUUUAUCAUUUUUUUUUCUCUCCUCUGUUCGUUUAUCUCGUCAAACGAAAGUCGUUGAGGAAAAGAUCAAGAGAAAAAUCAGAUUGAAAGAUAAUUCAAAUGCAGUUUGUAAGAAUGAAAGCAUGAAAAGAUUCUUACGAGAAGAUAAUUUUGCUCUUAGCGUGAACAAGAACAUAACAAAUGAAACAAAAAGCAAAGGAAAAAAGGUCGUCAUAGCAAGAUAA